AUGGAUAAUCGUGGCAGACAAGCGCCUGCCAACAAAACUCGUGGAGAACAGAUACAAGAGAAAAUGAAAGAAAGCAAUAAAGUGCCAGUAAAAUUAAACAUUUAUAAGAAAGUGUUUGGUACAGAAUACAAUUUAGCGUUCUAUAACCCCAAUAAGGAUCAAUGUAGCAUUUGUAACAAUUACAAAAAAGAUAAAACUAAUAUAAAUAUUCAAAAUGAGUAUACUCAACAUAUAGAGCGAAAAGAGGCAUCUUAUAGAUCUAAAGAGCUGGAUAAAAAGAAGUCGGGAGAAGAUGAAUCAUAUUUGUGUGUCACCAUGGACUUGCAAAGUCUACUGCAGAUUCCAUCGACUGCAGAUAGUCUAAUGUAUUAA